ACAAAUGAGUUCAGAGAAAUUGAAACUGAGGUGUAGUUGAGCUGUUGUGUGUUUGUGUCUCUGUAUUCAUGCAGUAAAAUGGCAGAAGCCAGAAUUUCAGUGGAUCAGGAUGAGUUCAGGUGUCCAGUGUGUCUGGAUCUCCUGAAGGAUCCAGUGGCCAUUCCCUGUGGACACAGUUACUGUAAGAUCUGUAUUACAGGCUUCUGGGAUCAGGAGGAUCAGAUGAGAGUCUACAGCUGUCCUCAGUGCAGACAGACCUUCAGUCCAAGACCUGCUUUAGCUAAAAACACCAUUCUGGCUGAAAUGGUGGAGAAACUGAAGAAGAUUAAACUUCCUGCUGUCUUUUAUGCUGGAGCUGGAGAUGUGCAGUGUGACGUCUGUACUGGAAGAAAACACAAAGCCGUCAAGUCCUGUCUGUUGUGUUUAGAGUCUUACUGUCAGAAUCACCUUGAACAACAUGAGAGUUGGUUUAAAAAGAGACACAAUCUGACUGAAGCCACUGGACGACUGCAGGAGAUGAUCUGCCAGAAACACAACAAGAUCCUUGAGGUUUUCUGCCGCACUGAUCAGACGUGUAUAUGUCUGCUGUGUACGAUGGAUGAACAUAAAAACCACGACACUGUAUCAGCUGCAGCACAGAGGACAGAGAAACAGCACCAGCUGAAGGAGACACAGAGGUUGUUCCAGCAGAGGAUCCAGCAGAGAGAGAAAGAUCUUCAGCAGCUGAGAGAGGCUGUGGAGUCUCAUAAGCGCUCUGUGGUGGAGGACAGUGAAAGGAUCUUCACUGAGCUCAUCCUCUCCAUUGAGAGAAGCCGCUCUGAGGCCACACAGCGGAUCAGAGAUCAGGAAAAGACUGCAGUGAGUCGAGCUGAAGGACGACUGGAGCGACUGGAGCAGGAGAUCAAUGAUCUGAGGAGGAGAGACGAUGAGCUGGAGCAGCUUUCACACACACAGGAUCACAUCCAUUUCCUGCAGAGUUUCCUGUCUCUCUCAGCUCCUCCUGAAUCUACAGAUGUAAAUGACAAUCCCUUCAGUUCUCUCUCCUCUUUUGAUGUUGUGAGAGAAUCUAUCCGUCAGCUGAGAGACAAACUGGAGGAUUUCUGCAAAGAGGAGCUGAAGAAGAUCUCUGACAGAGUCACUUUCACCAACAUUGUUCCCAGAACCAGGAAUGACUUCCUACAAUAUUCCCAUCAGCUCAAUCUGGAUCUGAACACAGUGAAUAAAAACCUCAGUCUGUCUGAGAAGAACAGAGUGAUUACAUUCACUAACACAGAGCAUCCGUAUCCUGAUCAUCCAGACAGAUUUGAUGUGCAUUUUCAGGUGUUGUGUAGAGAGAGUGUGUGUGGACGCUGUUACUGGGAGAUUGAGAGGAGUGGUGAUAUUAGUGUGUUUAUAUCAGUGUCAUAUAAGAGCAUCAGCAGGAAGGGAUUGGGUAAAGAGUGUGUGUUUGGAGGUAAUGAUCAGUCCUGGAGAUUGAACUGCUCUUCCUCCAGUUAUUCUUUCUGGCACAAUGACAUAGUGACUAAACUCCCAGUAAAGCCCAUCAGCAGUAGAAUAGGAGUGUAUGUGGAUCACAGUGCAGGAAAUCUGUCCUUCUACAGCGUCUCUGGAGACACAAUGAGCCUCAUCCACACAGUCCAGACCACAUUCACUCAACCGCUCUAUCCUGGGUUUUGGGUUGGUUAUACUAGAUCAUCAGUGACACUGUGUUGAUAAAUCAGAAAGGACUGUUGAGAGACUCUACCCAUAAUGCUUUGAGCAAAUCUAAUAAUUUUCCAUGAAUAGUUUUGAGUAUCGACCGGAGUGAUUUGUAAUUGGGAUUCCCUAGAUGCGGGGUGUAAUAGUAAUACAGGGUAUCCGCGGGGCAUUAAAAAGCAUUAAAAGUCAUUAAAUGGAUAAAAAGGUGGUUUAGAUUCAUUUUUAAAAUAUCAUCCAAUAUAAAUGUUUAAAACAAUCCCAUAACAUUAUUUAAUGCAGUUGCAGUCAAUCAAAAACAUGCAGAUUUACAUAAGCUGCAAUAUUCAGAUAUUGCUUCAGAACAAAUGUAUAUUUCUACCACAAAAAAAAAAAAAAACUAUUUUUUUUCUAGACACGCUACUGUUUUACUCGUACUGGUGACCUAUUUACUCUUGUCCACGUGACAAGGCUAAAUUUCGAGCCCUGUGUAAUCUUAAUCUGGGCCGCGUUUCAGUCACCAUUUCAUAUUGUCUGACAACAAAAACAGAAAAAAUAUAUAGAUGAAACAAUUUUAUUGGGAAUUUGGCUGUGAUAAAAUAUAUUAUGUGAGCAAAAGGGUAGCAGCAGAGAAGCAAACAAAUGUAAAGGGCUGACACUUGGCAGAAUGCGAAUACAAUAAUGACAUGAUCAGUGAGAUCAGUGUGUGUGUGUGUGUGUGUGUGUAAUGAUGAGUGACGGUGUGUAUCUGUGCUUCUCUCAAGCUCUAUUUGUUCAGAUGGAGUUCAGUUCUUAUUGUAGUGUCACAUAUAUCGUUUUUAUUGUUACUAUCAGAAUUAUCUUAAGUUGAAAUGAUCACACACAGCAUUCAUUAAAAUGUAUCAUUCAAUAUGUAAUUUGCUGUAAAAUGUAUCGAUUUUACAUUUAUUAAUAAAUGUAAAAUGUAUAAACCCAGAUCAUGUGAUCAUACUGUAAACUUUUGAUAAGUGAAAGUUUGAGCACAAUUAUUCUGAUCUAAUCCAGUUUACUUUAAAUAAACAUCCUCCUGAACAGAAUUUACAGAUCUGAUACUCUGAUCACUCUGAGAAAAGAUAAUAUAAGUAUUGAGUCAAAUCAUUAUCAGUUCAAUCCAGAUGACUCAGAAAUAUAUUAGGAAUGAAAGAAGGAAAACUGUAAGCUGAACUCUGAACUCAAUCCAGAUGAAUCCCAUCAUUACUGUAAAUCAGAACUGUUGGAGUUUCUUUGUUCAGUGGUUCAUGCUGCUCGUCCUGAUCUAGAAAGUAUCCUGACAUGAUAAACCAUGUUUUUCUACAUGAACUGUGGUAAUACCAUGAUCUGAAUUCAUCAUGUAGUGUUGGUUAAUAAUGUCAGUGUUUUCGUUCUAUAUAUUUUCUUUAUUCUUUCUUAAUUUAAUUUAUGUCUUUGUUGUAUUUGUCAUAUGUGUGUAAUUUGCUUCUUUGUUCUUAUUUUUAUUAACAAAAAUUAAAUAACCAAAAUAUCUAUAUUGUGAUAUAUUGUCACUGUUAUUGUUAUUUGAAUAAAAAUUUAUUAUAUCUUGAAAUAAAAUUGAGGUAAUAUUGCCCACCACAAAAUGACACAUAAUAUGAACUCUGCUUUAUUAAAUUAUACACUUCUUUUAACAGUGUAUAGUUAUUUUAGCUAUAGUUUUUAAUUUAUAUAUGUACAUGUCAACUGGACUUUUAUUUUGGUCUGGUGGUGUGAUGUCAUAAGACUGCGCCGCGCUCCCGCAUCUGUUGUAAUUUGGCUGAAGAAAGAAAAACUCCUGGUGAAGCGACUGAGAUCCACAUGAUACUAUUAUAAAGAUGAAGUUUAUUAAAGUGAGUGAACAUAUGAAGAUUGAAGAAACAAUCAUGAAACAAGAAGAUACUGAGGAAAAAACAGGCUUUUGUGUUCGCCUGUUCGGGAAGUCGCAGAGACAGAAACGAGCAAAGAGAGUCAAUGAUGAAGUGUUUCAAUAGAGGACGUCAAACGCUCUCAUUAGAUGAGCGACCCAUGUGAUCUAUACUGUGACCUUUGAACUUCCUGAAAGAUGAGCCAAUCCCACUCGAUUAUGACCUGAAAAACUUAAUUUAAUUUCUGUCUUUGUUGUAUUUGUCCUAUUGUCUGUA